CUAUAUAAAAGCCCCUCGGAGACUCACCUCCCAGCACACUUAGCUUUACGUGGAUUUCUUUAAUCAUCCACUUGUUUAUUCAGACGAUUUCAGCUCCUAGCGCUUCCCCCAGGUCCCCAGGACUCCGUGAGAGAUACUCUGUCCAGGAAUAUGAGCGAGCAGGCCGCCGCAGAGAUGCCGUGUGGGGACUACGACAGGGCCACCGCCUGGUACCCGCUGAGGAAGUGGUGGCAGCCCGGUCGGCCCGUGAGUCGGGAGCUCGGCCUGCCGCCUUUCCUGGAGGCGGGGGACCCCCGCUGGAUGGAUGUGGACCGGCUCCAGAGGAGUUUCUGCUCGUGGCUGGGCUACAUUCCCACUCCGCUGUUCGUGCCCUACAUCUCUGAGUCCAUGGCUCAGCCGGGCCAGAAGAUCAGCAAGUGGAGGGUCAGCCUGGACGUGGCCCAGUUUUCCACCUCAGAGGUCUCAGUCAGCGUCAGAGAUGGAUUCCUGGAAGUCGGAGGGAAACACGAGGAGAGGCUGGACGAGCACGGAUCUGUCGCCAGAUGUUUCACAAAGAAGUACAGGCUCCCAGCUGAAGUGGACGUCACCAAAAUCGUGUCCACGCUGUCGGCGGACGGAAUCCUGACUGUGGAGGCCCCAGUUCCCGAAGCCGCGUUUCCCGCCGCCGUCAUCAUUCCAGUGAAGGUGGAGGUUGAGGCUGCUGGAGAUCAGGAAGUGAAAGAAAACCAGCAGGAGGAGUCCCAGUCGGAGGUUCGGGAGGAUCAGGACCAAGCUGCCGGCACCAGCGCCGAGCUGGAACACGAGGGCAUGGAGGCCCGGGACCAGCCGGCUGGAGAGGCUGAUCCUUCAGCGCCUGCAGAUGAGGAAAGCACAGAGAGUCUGCAGCAAUCUCCCGUGCUGCAAGAAACUCUGGAAAGCCACGAAAUAAUGGAAACAUCCGAGCAGCUGGAACAGACAGAACAAGCCGUGGAGGUAGAGAUCCCUGUAACGGUGGAGGUGGCCCAGGAGCUCGUCCAGCCUGAGCAGCCGGAGCUGGGUGAGAGUCCGCCGAGCGACGUCCAGAGCCCGGAGCCAGAGGCCGCCGACGUGAAGCAAGUGCACAUCCAGUGAACAGAAGCACGUGACCCUGCAUUGCUUGGCUUCCCAAACGCAUCCGACCCGGUGGCUAAAACACGCGUGACCAUGCUGGCUUUGGAGCUCCAAUAAAGCACUAGUGUCUCAAAA